UUAUACUCUCACGUGUGUGUGUGUGUGUGUAUGUGUGUGUGACAAGUAAACCACUUUCACAAUGACUUCCCUUUUCUGGAGCGUCUGUAAAAGUGUUUUCCGUUCCGCAGGGAACUCAGAAAUGUGAGCGUCUCUUGUGUCUUAAGACCAAGUGACACUUUAGAGAAACAGCCUGCAUUCCCUGAAUGCGGUUCAGUUCUGUCUCAGCAUAAAUGGAUACGCGGCACCCGAAGUGCCUGCGAGGGCAAUUCGAUUCUUCCGAGAGACGCCGUAACAUCUGUACGUGAAAUUGAGGGACUUUCAAGCCUUCGUUAUGCGCUGGGGGGGGGGGGGGGAACCUCGGAGCUACUCACGUCAUAAGUGGCACAAAGAGAGACGGUCUCGAAAGAGAGUGCGGCCAGGCAUUUCGUCACGGCGGCGAGGGGCAGAUCCGUUCUACACGAGCUUUAAACAGCCACAUCAGCAGGCAGAUAACAGUGUCUGAUAAGAGGGUGCGAUAACAGCUAAGACGGUUUAAAAGGAUGUACUCUGACACUUAGAGGCUACUGACACAUGCAGCCAUGACGUUCGACGGCACCUGGAAAGCCGAUCGCAGCGAGAACUAUGACAAAUUCAUGGAGCAGAUGGGCAUCAAUAUGGUGAAGAGGAAAUUAGCUGCACAUGAUAACCUGAAGAUCACCGUCCAGCAGAAUGGAGAUAAGUUCCAUGUGAAGGAGAGCAGUACAUUCCGCACACUGGAGAUCGACUUCACCCUGGGAGUCACCUUCGAGUACAGUCUAGCAGAUGGGACCGAGCUUUCGGGCUCCUGGAUUCUGGAAGGUGAAACACUGAAAGGAAAAUUCACCAGGAAGGACAACGGGAAAGAGCUGCUCACCACGAGAGUGAUCUGCGGGGACGAACUCGUGCAGACCUACAGCUAUGAUGGAGUGGACGCGAAACGGAUUUUCAAAAGGGGUUAGGACUCUGCAAAUUAAUUUUUUUUUUUAUUAUAACAUGAGACAAACUGUUUCUGGGUUUACAAAUGUGUGGUGUUGCAUUGUCCUAAAAAUAAAAUGGUUCAUUACUCCACGGCAGUAUUUGUUACUGAAAA